GUGAAUAAAUUCAAUUUUAUUGAAACUUUGCAUUGAUAAUUGUAUAUGUUCAAACAUGAAGAACGCAAAACUUGUAACAAAAAAAAGGACAUGCAAAGAAUGUGUGUGUCCUAAAGUGAAAAAAGUGAAAAAGCCGGAUCCAAACUUAAGCUUCUUCCACAAAAGAACUAAAUCACCACCAAAAAGACAUAUAAUUGAUUGUCCAUUUUAUACCUUUGAUUAUGAAUAUGAUGACCUACCAUUAGAUCCAGUGAAGACAUUUCUGCGGGAAAAAAUUUCCCAUAUGCGAACUGAUAAAAUUGUUGGAAACUGCAAUCAAGAGUUGGAAUUUAUUGAAUUUGAUGAUAUGAUUUGCAGUUACAUAUCAGAUUGUGAAAUACCCAAAGAUGUUAAAAUACUUUCAGCAAAAGAUAUUUUAAUGCCCGAAGCAUUCGAAAUGCUUAUGGAUAAAAAGGAUCAUAAAUACUCAUUUGACAGUAGAGAUUGUAAUCAAUUUCCGUGGCUUGAUAUGCCGCCCGAAAAACCAAGUGAAGAGCUAGUUUUCGAAGUUACCAGUGAAUUGUUGAAUAUAUAUAAAGAGCGACGUGUACGUAUAUUUCAUAGAAGCGCAAAUACACGUUCACAACUUUAUACAAAUCUUUUGAAAAGGGAUUAUGCGCCUCCCUCAGAUCUUAUAGGAGCUUUUAAAAGUCCUUGUGCGAGAGAUAUAAAUAUUCACAGUAUUACAAAGCAAAAAAAAUCCAUAACUGGGUUAACGUUUACUCCAGAAGAUCAUUACACCCUACGUUCUGCUGAAGAAUGCCGAAAUGAAUUAGUACGCAUUGGAAAAGUAAUCGAUGAAUUAAUCGAACCAUAUUUGAAAAGUGCAGAAGAACGUAGAAGAAAGCCAUUAGAAGUACCGGACGAUGAAAGCAUUCCAACUAGCCAAUUCUCAAUAUUCUCAUAUGAUAAGGAACCAAAACCAUUAAAAUGUGUGGAUUCAUUCAAUCAAAAACCUGGUCCUACUUGUUUACAAAAAAUAACAGCUAAACGUUAUGCAAAAAGUAAACGAGAAUCAAUAAAGCGCAAAUGCCACAAGCCACAAAGCCAAGAAACUUCUAUAAUAGAUUCCUUUGAAACUGAAACACUAUUUGAAGAAGAAGUUCUUUUUGAAGAAGAAAUGCCAUACGAAGAUGUAGAUUUCUUUCCAAGUGAUAGUCUAACAACAUCUUUAGAGGAAUCCAUUAAAAGUGAAUCAACACGUGCAAUAUGUUCUACUAAAGCUAAGAAAUAUACAAAAAGUUUUUUAAGAGCUGAAAAGAAAGCUGUUGCGAUAACGAAAAAAAUUUGUGAAAGAUUAAAAGGUGGAACAAGCAGUACGGUAGUUCGCAGACCGGCAAAAUUUAAGACAGUUGGAGAAUAUAUGCAGCAUCUUAAAGAAACGGACUACGAAACAUUUAAAUAUAAUGUAGGACUAUUACCAAUGGAGCCAUUAGAUCAAAAAGAAAUAAUAUAUCGAAAAUACGUGAAGGAAGUUUGUGAAGCCGAAGCUAAAUUCACACCAUUAAUUCGUAGAAGAUAUUCUAGUUUACUAAAAUAUUUGUGUGUGCGAAAACUUGAUAUUUAUCCAUCGAAGUUAAUUAAAAAAGUUAUACCAAAAAUCAAUAAAAAAAAUUCAGUAUUAAUGAACGCUUACAAAUUUAUCCUGAAGGAGGAGAAAUAUUGGCCAAAUAUAUUUCCUGAAGUAAUAUUACUGGAUUAUCUCUUCAGCGGAGAUCGUCAAGUACCGAGUGAAAUGGCUGUAUUAACGAUAUCAUGUUUACUUGAUUUACAAGAAGAUUUUCGAAUGGCUGUGAAAAGAGCAUUUCUGCGUUAUUUAUUAAAAUCACCGUUGGAGCGUAGGCGCUUACAGUUAGAGCCUGAACCACCAGAUUUUCCAACGAUGACGAUUCGUGCCCCUGUACCAUGGAAAAGCUCUAUUUAUAUAGCCCGUAGCCGAUUAAAUCAACAUCUAAUGAUAACUCACCCAGUAUUAAUUGCACUUAAUAUCAUAUGGCAUGAAAUUUAUAACGAUAUGUUUGUUCUGAAUCUAAGUCACUUAUUUUGCCAAGAAACGUCUUUUCCAACUGACGAAAUACAACGGUAUAUAGGUGCUCGUUGUGCCGAUAUAAGAGAAGUGCUAGUAAACGAUUGGUUACCACGUUGUGCUGAUAUGAUAGAUGUUAUGCGAAAGUUUUGGAAGGAUAUGGUUCCUUUAAAUGUUAAAUUUGAAGGUCGUAUAGGUAUAUUUUUCAAUUGUAUUCAUGCGUAUAUGUCGCGCCAAUUAGAAGGAUUGAUCACACGUAAUGUUACACAUUUAUACAAGAUAUUGCUGUAUUACACGGAUGGUAAUGAUAUCGAAAAAUAUAAUAUGUAUGAUCGCAAACUACGCCGUAAACCACUCAUGACUUUAAUUGCGUCAGUUGUUGGUGCUCACUUUAUAAAACCCGAGAAGUCAGAGGAUCACAGCGGCACAUCUAUAUACCAAUAUGAUCCUGAUGAUGAUGCAAACCUGUUCUAUGUGCGGCCAAGCCUUGGUGCUCUGGAACCGGUGACCGAAUUGGAUAAGUUAUCAGAGUUUCUGUUAGAAAAUACGGGUAGAUUGUACAUAUAUCCUUGCAUGGAUGCACUUCCAGACUUAUUUGUUGAACUAUUUAAAACAAUUUUGAAAGUUGGAUAUGAUAUACCACGUUUGGAAUAUGUAAUGUCGGAAAAACCUGAAACAUAUGGCACGUUGAACUGUGUACCUGAUAAUCAUGUUGAUAUGGAGAUUCUUUACAAUAAUGUUAGAACGAUAGUUCGAAAUAAUAUGCGCGGUCCAAAAGUUUAUCUUAUGCCAAUUUACAAGUAUUACUAUCCACUGUUUAAUAAUAUGCUCUAUGAGAUGACUGAGAAACUUUUUACACAAACCUUUGUACCAGAUCUAAAGAAUAUUACAGAUUUUAUGGCAAAACUUUAUCAAAUUGAGGUCACAGUUUACUAUUUGAGAGACUUUAUACCAUUAAAUCUAUUUAUGCUUGACAAUCGUCAUGUAAAAGAAUCUAUUAGAAUGAUGGUUAAGAAAAUAUAUAGUUUCGUAAUAAACUAUUACAAAGCAAUCAACUUAAACCAAAAUCGAGCCAUAUGUGAUGCUCUUGAAGAAAUGUCUAUGAAAGCAGGUGAACGUCCAGAAGAAACUGCGGAAGUUGUAGCGCUACAAAACUAUUUAGCUGAAUGUCGUGAGGAACGUAUAUUCGCUAUUAAAGAUGACCUUAAAACCGUCGUGCAACGCGUAAUUUUUCUUUUGACACAUUCGACUUUAAACAAGGACGAGAUUCAUUUGAAUUCACGCACAUUUGUUUUGCCCGGCGAGCUAGAGGAAGUUUUGGAUUUGAGUGCAGCGCGUUUGCUUGUGGUGCGUGAUAAACUCGAAAUGGCAUUACGCGAAAAGCGUAAGCUGUUUGAAAAACUGCUUGCAUAUGAAAAACGACGCAUGGAUGGUUUCCGUUUGAAGGAAAUACGAGAAUCUUUCACACUAGACGAAUUGAAGGAACGCGUUGAUACUGCGGAUGAGUUGUUCGAAUUGAUUGAGAAAUUCAGUCGUGAAGCAAAAGCUAUUAAUACUGAAGAAAUGCUUCUACAAAUUGAUGUAUCCCCAUUCCCGCUGUUAACUGAAAUAAUUGAGAAAAUGGAACCUAUAGAAAAAUUAUGGAAAACAGCCUAUGAAUUUGAAAAAGAUUAUGUAUUAUGGAUGAACGGUCCAUUUGUAUGUUUGGAUGCUGAUGUUAUACAAGAUGAAGUUGAGAAUAUGUACAAGAUAAUAUACAAAUUAACGCGUCAAUUUGCCCAAAAUCCUACAGCAAAACGAGUUGCGGAGACUAUGCGCUUAAAAAUCGAAAGAUUCCGUGUUUACCUGCCAGUACUUGAUGCAAUUUGUCGUAGUGGCUUAUUGCCACGACAUUGGGAACAAAUUUCCAAUUUUUUGGGAAGAGAAGUAAAUCCCACGCUUUAUCCUACACUUGCAGAUAUGAUAAGUGUCAAUAUAAUGAGUAUAUUGCCACAACUAGAAGAAGUCUCCAAUGCAGCUGGCAAAGAAUUUGAACUUAACAGCACAUUAGAUAAUAUGCAAAAAGACUGGACAGAUGUUAUGUUUGAAGUUGUGCAAUAUCGUGACUCUGAUACAAAUAUACUAUCUGCUCUAGAUGACAUACAGACUCAAUUGGAUGAUCAUAUAAUGCGCACACAAGCAAUGAAACGUUCACCAUUCAUUGUUGCAUUGGGAAGCAAAGCUGAUGAUUGGGAAGAACGUUUACUAUUAAUACAGAAUAUUCUUGAUCAAUGGACACAAGUCCAAGUGACUUGGAUGUACUUGGAACCAAUUUUCAGUUCAGAAGAUAUUAUGAGGCAAAUGCCAACAGAGGGUCGCAACUUUAAAGCUGUUGAUAAAUUAUGGCGAAAAAUUAUGAAAUAUACAUGUCAAGAUUUGCAUGUUAUGGCAGCUACAGAAUAUCCUAAUAUGCUAGAGUUGUUGACAAAAGCGGUAGCUGAUUUAGAAACUGUAACAAAAGGUUUGAAUACUUAUUUGGAGCAAAAGCGUUUAUUCUUUGCAAGAUUCUUUUUCUUGUCUAAUGAUGAAUUACUGGAAAUUUUAUCGGAGACAAAAGAUCCACAACGUGUACAACCACAUUUGAAGAAAUGUUUCGAAGGAAUUGCUACUCUUACAUUCGAUGAGAAUGGUAUAAUCACUGAACUGGUUUCCGAAGAAAUGGAACGUGUUUCACUAGUGCGUAAAAUUAAUCCAGCUCUUGCUAAUGGUUUAGUGGAAAUGUGGUUAAAAGAAGUCGAAGGUGCUAUGUUGGACAGUGUUCUUAAUCAAUUAAAGAAAGCUUGGGAAGAUUAUUAUCAAGGUGAUCGUGUUGGAUGGGUGACAUCAUGGCCUGGACAAGUUGUACAAGGCAUAUCAUGUAUGGCUUGGACUUACGAGGUAGAGGAAGCCAUAGAAAAGAAGUCACUACCAGCAUAUGUUGUAAAAAGUACUGCACAAAUUGGUGAUCUCGUACGAUUAGUGCGUUUAGAUUUAAAGAGUGGACUUCGUAUAACUGUUGAGGCUCUUAUUGUUCUAGAUGUACAUGCUCGAGAUGUUGUAAAGGCCAUCAGUGACUUAAAUGUAUUAUCAAUACAUGAAUUUGAUUGGAUAUCUCAGCUCCGAUAUUAUUGGCAUGAAAAUGAGAAAAAAGAAGAAUACGUCUGUGUCAGUAUGGUUGUAACAGAUGUUAAAUAUGGUUUGGAAUACCUUGGCAAUUUACCGCGUUUGGUUGUUACUCCAUUGACCGAUCGUUGUUAUAGAACUUUGAUGGGUGCGCUAAAACUAUGUUUAGGAGGUGCACCAGAGGGUCCAGCUGGCACUGGUAAAACCGAAACAUGCAAAGAUUUAGCCAAAGCCGUCGCUAAGAAAUGCGUAGUUUUCAACUGUUCCGAUGGCUUAGACUACAAGGCUUUAGGAAAGUUCUUUAAGGGAUUGGCACAAUCUGGCGCUUGGGCAUGCUUCGAUGAAUUCAAUCGAAUCGAAUUGGAAGUAUUGUCUGUAGUAGCGCAGCAAAUUUUAACCAUACAACGGGCGAUCGGAAGAAAAGUUGUGAAAUUCUUCUUUGAAGAUACAAUGUUGCGUUUGGAUCCAACUUGUUCCAUAUUCAUAACCAUGAAUCCAGGUUAUGCUGGACGCACAGAACUUCCUGAUAACUUAAAGGUACUCUUCCGCACAGUGGCCAUGAUGGUGCCUGACUAUGCUAUGAUUGGGGAAAUCACUUUAUAUUCGAACGGUUUCGAUGAUGCACGAAUGCUGGCACAAAAAAUUGUCCACACAUAUAAAUUGUGUUCUGAGCAACUUUCAUCACAAUCUCACUAUGAUUAUGGUAUGAGAGCUGUGAAAUCCGUGCUGUUAGCAUCUGCUUCUUUGCGCCGCUUAUAUCCCGAUUUACCCGAAGCUCAGAUUGUGUUACGUGCUAUUGUAGAUGUUAAUUUACCAAAAUUCUUGGAGCAGGAUGUUUCCUUGUUUAUUGGUAUUUAUAUGGAUCUUUUUCCAGGCAUUGAGCUACCAAUGCCCCAACGUGAAGAUAUACUUAAAUGGUUAAAUAAAAAUCUUGCUGCUCAAAAUCUUCAGGCCACGCCCUGGUAUGUGGAAAAGAUUUUACAGAUUUACGAAAUGUUACUGGUUCGACAUGGUUUAAUGAUGGUUGGCGCAGCUAUGGGCGGUAAAACCACAGCUUAUCAGAUAUUAGGAACUACUUUGCGUCAUGUCAGUUUGGAUGAGAAUGCAACACUUAAGGAAUUUCCUGUUAAUUUCCGUAUAAUUAAUCCAAAAGCAAUUACAAUGGGUCAACUAUAUGGGCGUUUCGAUCCAAUAUCACAUGAAUGGUCGGAUGGUGUACUUGCCAAAACAUUUCGUGAGCAAGCAAUUGGUUCACGUCAGGAACGUCAUUGGGUUGUAUUCGAUGGUCCAGUUGAUGCUGUUUGGAUAGAAAAUCUAAACACUGUAUUGGACGACAACAAAAAAUUAUGUCUGAUGUCCGGUGAAAUUAUGCAAAUGACUAAAACAAUGAACAUGAUGUUUGAGCCUGCCGAUUUAGAGCAGGCAUCACCUGCAACAGUUUCACGUGUUGGCAUGAUUUAUAUGGAACCAUCACAAUUAGGUUGGCAAGCUUUCCACAAAAGCUUCACCAAUGUGCUUGUAAGAAAUAUUGGCUUGAAUGAAAUAUAUAUGCAAUUAUUCGAGGAUUUAGUCGAUUGGUUAAUUCCUGCCACAUUGUUUAUAUUACCAGACUGUAAACAGAUGUUGGAAACUUCACCUAUAUAUCAAUAUCGGAUGUUUUCAAUUUUUUUCCUAUAUUUUUUGGAGAAAAAUAAGCAAUAUACACAAACGUGGUUUCAACAAACGUUUCUGUUUUGUGUAUCCUGGGGCUAUUGUUCAUUAUUAACUGUUGAUGGACAAAAGCACUUCGACUUACUUAUUCGAAAAGUACUGUACGGUUCAAAUGAUGACUUUCCCCGUCCAAAGUACUUUACACUUAACCGUGGCCAAAUAUUUCCGGAAAAACUUUCAUUUUUGGAUUAUCGAUUUGAUGAAGUAGAAACAUGGUGGACUUGGCAAAAAUCUGAUGAUUCCGGACAAGCAAUAACAUUUCCAGAAGGAAAACAAAUAAGUGAACUCAUUGUACCAACAAAAGAAUCUGGUUUUAUCACAUAUUGGCAAGAUAUUUGUAUGACAAAAUCAAUACCAAUGAUGGUUAUUGGUCCAACUGGCACUGGAAAAAGCGCCAUCAUUACCAGCAAUUUGGUAGCAUUACCUAAAAAUAUGAACCUUGUCAAUAUAGUUAACUUCUCUGCCAGAACCAGUGCCCAACUAGUACAAGAAACAAUAAUGUCAAAAUUGGAUCGACGUCGAAAGGGUGUAUAUGGACCUUCAUUGGGCAAAAAGUGCAUUGUUUUUUGUGAUGAUGUUGCUAUGCCAUCCAGAGACACCUACGGAUCCCAACCACCCAUUGAACUCUUACGGCAAUGGUUAGAUCAUGGAUAUUGGUCAGAUUUAGUAGAUACGACGAAAAUUGAAUUAGUGGAUAUGACCUUUUUAGGAGCGAUGGGUAUGGUCGGUGGUAGCAACUUUAUAUUUCCACGUUUUUAUCGUCAUACAUUCGCAAUUGCGGUAGACACAUUCGAAGAUGCAACAAUAAUAAGAAUAUUUACAACAAUAGGCAAUUGGCAUUUCGCCAAAGAUUAUCCAGAUAAAGUAGCAAUACUUGCCAGAGGAUUGGCAGAAGCGAUGACCAACGUUUAUCGAGAGGCUAUUAGAGUUUUCCUGCCAACUCCAGCAAAAUCUCAUUAUACAUUUUCACUACGUGACAUCACUCGUGUCUUCCAGGGUAUUGUCAAAGUGCCAGCGAAACGUUUGCCUGAUGUUGAGAAGUUAGGACGAUUGUGGGUUCAUGAAACUUAUCGUGUAUUUUAUGACCGUUUGAUUGAGCAACGAGAUCGUGACCGCCUUUUGGAUAUAGUAUUAGGUGCCUGUAAGAAUUAUUUGCGUUUCAAUUUGGAAUCCGCUUUUGCUGAACGUAUGGAGGAUAUGUCAGCAAAAUUGACGGAUAACGAUUUAAGAAAUUUAUUCUAUGGUAAUUACAUCGAACCAGAUGCAAAUCCUCGCAUAUAUGAUGAAGUUGAAAACUACAAUAAAUUGGAGAAGCUAAUGACGUACUAUUUGCAUGAGUAUAAUGACUUUUCAAGCACACCAAUGGAUUUAGUACUAUUCCGUUUUGCUAUUGAACACAUAUCAAGAGUGUCUCGUGUUUUGCAAAUGCCGCGUGGUAAUAUUUUGAUGGUUGGUAUGGGUGGUUCUGGUAGGCGCAGUUCCUGUAGACUUGCUUCAAGCAUUGCUGAGUGCAAAUUAAUGACUGUACAAGUCACGAAAACUUAUACGCAACAAGACUGGAGAGAUGACUUAAAGAAAAUUUUAAUGACUUCUAGUUUCAAUCGAAAUCAUACCGUUUUUCUAUUUUCGGAUGCACAG